AUGUCGACAGAAUUAAAUAAUUUACCUGAUGAAAUUCUUAUGAUUAUUUUGAAAAAAUUAUUCAAUACCGAAGUACUCUAUUCAUUAAUAGAUGUUAAUAAACGACUCAAUACAAUUGUACGUGAUCCAAUUUUUACAAGUCACUUAACAUUGAUGAGACGUUUCUCGGAUAAUUCCAACUAUCCAUUACCUGAUCUAAUACUUAAUCGAUUUUGUUCACAAAUCUUACCCUUAAUUUGUCAUAAAAUCAAAUCGCUCAAUGUUGAAUCCUCAUCUAUGAAACGUAUUCUUCAUGCUGCAAAUUAUUCGAAUUUAUAUGAACUUGGUUUAUAUAAUAUUGAGAUAGAAACAGCUCUAUCUCUCUUUAUUGGUAAGAUAUUUUUUUCAAUUCUUUUAAUAAUUAACUAUUGAAAAAUACAUACAAAAAUCAAAAUGAGUUUGAAUAUAUAAUUUAUACAAAUAGAGUUAGAUUACUAUGCGUCUUUUUUCUUAUAAAAUAUUUCUGUACUUUACUGAUACAAACUGGCAAACAUAAACUUAAGAAAAAUUAGUAGUAGAAAAAUGAUACAAGGAAUUAUUUAUAAUUAAAGCAAUAUUU